UCGGGUCCCCCGGGGCGUCUCGCAGACUUCUAGGCACUCUCCGCCAGGCGCUGCCGAAGGGGUGAUGGGCCUCAUGGGUAGGCUGUUGCUGUGGCUCGAGGUUGCGGGCAUCAUUCUCUGCUCCAGCUCGGGGACCCAGGUGCUUUUUCUUACACCCUCGCCCCCUCUGCUGCCAGUUCCCAGCCGCUGGGACUCAAAAGUUACCUCCCGGCGGACCAGCUCUCCAAAUCCUCUAGGCACCGAGGGGCCUUGGCUGUUCACCACCUGCGGGGCCAGCGGCCGGCACGGGCCCACACAAGCGCAGUGCGACAGGGCAUACGCGGGGAGCGGCGUGGUGGUGUCGGAUCUCCGCCUAUGGAGCCGCGGGCGGCAAAGGCGCUCAGAGCCACCUGCCACGGGCGCACGGCGUCUUCGUGUCAGCGGUCUUCUCUCUCGGUCGUGGGGAGACGCUGUUCAUCCUGGUGGGACAGCAGGGCGCAGACGCCUGUCCCGGGGGGAGCCCGGAAAGCCAGCUCGUGUGCCUCGGAGAACACGUGACGAUGGAGGCGGUCGACAG